AUUUUUUCCCGGAAAUUAAAUAUGCCUUCUGUUUUGAGUUUUAGCAUUAUUUUCUUCCUAACCAAACACUGCCAUAAACGGAAAACGCAAUAAAAACAAUAAACGGGCCACCCAGUCCUACCCGUGUGUUAAAGUACAAAUUCAGAUUUCACGGAAGGGAACGAACCCUAAGUCCGAUUCUGCACUAGCUAUAGAAUUUGUGCUCUUCCUGUUUGUUUGGUUGCCGAGAAACUGGAGAAAAUAAAAAUAAAAGAAAAACUAGUAUGAUCCAUUAAGUUGAUUUAUUUAUUUUAGGGCUUAGUGGCAGACAACUCGCCAUCCCAAUUUUCCCCAGUUUCAGACGAAUUUAUACGGAUAAUACAAUUUUCUGUCACUCUUCUCUCUGUGUAAUUUUUGAUCUGAUUGUGUUUCGACUAAAUUCAACUGAUACAACUGAUUGUGUUUGACAGCAGAAUGGAUUUAAAACUUGGCCUGACCUCACUCGUAAUUCAACUUUAGGUCAGAAAGUUCAUGAAUUGUUGUAUGUGGUCUUACGAUUUUAUGAUCAGGUUGAAUGAUGUUCAUGGUUCCGAAGCGCUAGUAUUGCCAGCAUCUAUAUGUUAUGUAUGCACAUAGACAGAAUCAGACAUAUGUACAUGUAUAUACAGUUAUACACACAUAAAUACUCCAUGUAACAAGAGAGGAUUGGUGAGAGUUAACAAGCUACCUUGGUCCUGAUGUGCUUGCUUAUAUCUAAAUGUGUUUGAGUGAAAUCGUGAUGCGUGGUAAUGAGGAGAAGAAGAAUGGCAAAAAAUCAUAUUGAUCGAGCGCACACACAUUUGUUUUAAGUUAAAAUAGUGGUGGGUACUUGUGUGCGCAGAAAUAUCUCCAAGUUCGUCAUGAAUGCUGAUAUCAUACAUGCCCUAUUAUAAUGGUGAACUUGACUUGGACUUGAGUUGCCAGGAAAUGAUACGGCUUAAGGUUGAUUGUUUCUUGUCAUGGAUGCUCAAGCAAAAAAGAAGGCCUUGUAUCGUGCUAAAUUGAAUGCACAGAAGCAGAAGCGCAUAGACUCUCCUCUUGUGAGGUACAAUGAAUCUGAUCAACCAGUAUGUAGAGUUUGUGAUGUUGUUUUGAAGUCCGAGUCCCUUUGGCCUGCACACCAAGCUUCUCGUAAGCACCAUGAGGCGAUUAGUAAAGUUAAAGCUAAUGCUGCUGGGGUAACUCAUGUUAACAAUGUAAAAGCUGAGCCCCCUGUAGAGCUGCGUAAACCGAAACCUGUAGAUACUAUGGAGUUGCAAAAUGCUAAACCAGAACCCUCCACAGGAUUGCCUAAACCUCGGCCAUCAUCUGUUCUUCCGUCAGAUUUUUUUGAUAAUCAGGAGAAAAAGAGGCAAAAAGUUGGGAAUCCUGAUUCUUACAAAAAGGUAGGGGUUUCUGCUCAAACUCAAGUAACUGAGCCCCCGGACUCGGAUAAUAAGAUGGAUGGAUUUUCUAGUGCCAAGGUUGUAGAGACAAAAGCUGAUGAAAUUCAGCCAGCCAUGGAACACACACAAACAUCAAAAGUCAUUGUUGAUUCAGAAACCAAGCAAGUGAAGGGAGCUCUCCCUGAAGGCUUCUUUGAUGACAAAGAUGCUGAUCUACGUGCACGUGGCAUUACACCUGUUAAGCUAGAUGCCAAAGAUGAGUACAAAGAAUUUGCAAAAUUGAUCCAGGAGGACUUGCAAGAGGUGGAUAACCGCUUGGAAGAAGAAGAGUAUGAUGCAGCUGACAUGAUAGAUGAGGCUGAGCAUUCGGAGCAAAAGACCCUUAAGGAAAGAAUGGAGAUGUGGAAGAAAAAGAAAAUGGAACUAAAGGCUGCAAGGUCUGCCACACACAGUAGAGGUCCUGAAGUCAAGGGCAAGGAGUCUAGGCAUGAAGAGUCAUCAAGUGAUGAUGACAGUGAUGAAAAUUUCACAGUUGAUUGGAGGGCUAAGCGUUUAUAAACACUUCUUCCAUAUUGCUGAUUGACGGUAUCAACUGAAGCAUUUGUUUGUGCAAGAUCCAGAUUGUUUUAUUCAAACGCCAUCUGAUGCAGCAGGAGCCUCGACUUUUCUGGGAAUCGUCUUUACCCAUCAAAGGAAUGCUCAAACGAGGAUUAAUUUUUUUUAUUUUUUGUAUAUGGAGCAUGCAACCGAGCAGAGAUGAACCUGUGAAAGGCUCGAGUAACUACUAACGGAGACUUGUAUGCUGGCCUAGUUAAGCUCAAGCCUGCCCUCCGAUGUUUGUUUAUACUUCUACCAUGCCAGUAAGGACACGACUCUUCCUUCUUAGUUUUGGUUAUAGUUUACUCACCAACAAAUGAAAUGAAUAGAAGUUAGGGUGGUCGUUUUUUCACCAUUUAAUUUUGGUGUUCCUAUGUUCGAGAAACUUUUUCUUUACAAAUGACAGUUUACCCGAUUAACGCAGUGGUGGUACAUGUGAAAUUGUUACCGUUUGUGUUUACUUCUGACUCGAUGUUUGGUAAAUCUGAAUUAUACUUGUCGCAUUGCAGCUGA